GACUCAGCACAUCAAUAUGAUUCGACUCUCAAAUGAUUUGAUUCACUGUAAAGAGGCAACCGAUUCAAAUCACUUAUCUCGGCUUAUCAAAAAGAGUCGACUCUGAGUCAAGCUAUACCAUUUACUGAAAAGAGCAAACUUGGAAAAGAAACAGUUGGUUCUCUUCGGUGAAUCAGAUCACUUGGCUCGGCUCAUCAAAAAGAAUCGACUCAGGGUCGACUGAUUCGAUUCACUCUAAAAAGACAUCUGAAUCAGGUCACUUGGCUCAGUUCAUCGGAAAGAGUCGACUCGGAGUCAAAUCGUGUCAUUUACUGAAAAGAGCAAACUCGCUCGAGCAACAGUUAGCUCUUUUCACUGAAUCAGAUCGCUUCGCUCGGCUCAUCAAAAGCAUCGAGUCGAAUGAUCUGAUUCACUAAAAAUAGCUGCCUGUUUCUUGAGUGACCACAAGAUGGCGUGGUUUGUGUUUUAUCGCUGGCGGGUUGAAGUUGAGGGUUCAUGUUGUACACAUGCAGAAGUCUAACAUGAAUCUGUAUAAUUAGUGCAUAUAUACAUAUGACACUGUAUUAUUUUAAAAAAUUGCAGCAGAUAAAAAAACCCAGCCAGAUUGUGAGAUAAAUCGUUUAUAAAGGAAGGAGAGAAUAUUUUGGGGUGCCCGGAUGAACUCUGGUGCCGCCCAGUUGGAGCACCUGAGCCUGAUGGCUGCCAGCUGACCUUUGACCACCAGGAUGAUGUCGGUCAGAGAGCGGCUCCGCCAGAACAUCUCAGCCGCCUUCUACCGGCACGGUCUGCUCUGCGCCUCCUACCCAGUUCCCAUCAUCCUCUUCACCUCCGCCAGCAUCCUGGCCUGCUGUUACCCGCUGUUGAAGCUGCCCCUGCCGGGAACAGGUCCUGUCGAGUUCACCACUGGGGUGAAGGAUUACUCCGUCCCUUACCAUGAGCCUCAGGGUGACCCGGGCGAGCGUCCUGAUUGGUACCGCGGUGCUCCAGUCGCUUACAUCCAGCAGGUGUUGGUGAAGGCGGCCGUGUCUCCGUGGGACAGCAGCUUGGUGCCUGUGGACGUUUUCCGCUCGCCGCUCGGCCGGGUCUUCAGCCUCCUGGAGGAGAUUCGUGACCAUGUUUACACUGACAGAGGGUUGGAGACUCUGUGUCUCCAGGUGACGGAUCUGUUGCCAGGGUUACGCCGCAUGCAGUCUGUGCUUCCUGAACACGGCUGCCUGCUGGUUUCCCCCGGCAACUACUGGCAGAACCGGCGGGAUGUGUUUGACUCGGAUCCAGACAUCCUGAAGACCAUCCAGCAGCACGAACCCAAAGGCCUGCACACAUCCGCCACGCUGAAAGACCUGCUGUUUGGUGUCCCAGGGAAAAGCACGGGUGUCAGUCUGUACAGUAAGAAGCGAGUCGUCACCUACACCAUCACCAUCGCCUUCAGCAGUUAUGACUCCAGGUUUUUGGGCAGUCUGCGUGCCCGUCUGAAGCAGCUCCACCCGUCGGUGAACUGCAGCCUGCGUGAGGAUCACAUGGUGCAUGUCCACUUUAAAGAGGAGAUCGGCAUCGCCGAACUGAUCCCCCUCGUCACCACCUACAUCAUCCUCUUCGCCUACAUCUACUUCUCCACCCGGAAGAUUGACAUGGUGAAGUCUAAGUGGGGUUUGGCCUUGGCUGCCGUGGUAACGGUGCUCAGCUCCCUGCUCAUGUCUGUAGGACUCUGUACUCUGUUUGGCCUCACACCCACUCUCAAUGGAGGGGAGAUCUUUCCUUACCUCGUGGUUGUGAUUGGGAUCGAAAAUGUUCUGGUCCUCACCAAGUCUGUGGUGUCGACGCCUGUGGACCUGGAGGUCAAACUUCGGAUUGCACAAGGUCUGAGCAGUGAGAGCUGGUCCAUCAUGAAGAAUAUGGCCACUGAGCUGGUUAUCAUCCUGAUUGGAUACUUCACCUUAGUUCCUGCUAUUCAGGAGUUCUGUCUGUUUGCUGUGGUGGGUCUCGUCUCCGAUUUCUUCCUGCAGAUGUUCUUCUUCACCACUGUGCUCUCUAUCGACAUCCGCCGCAUGGAGCUGGCUGAUCUGAAUCGGCGUCUUCCAGCUGAGGCGGGGAUGCCCCCUCCUAAACCCGGCCCCUUACGCCACAGAGAAGCCCCGCCCCCUCCUCGUCCCUCCCCCCACACAAUCACACUUCAGGCCCCAGCAUUUAGGAACCUGCGCUUACCCAAGAGGCUCCGCGUGAUCUACUUCCUGGCGCGUACCCGUCUGGCACAGCGCAUCAUCAUGGUUGGCACUGUGAUAUGGAUCGGGAUCCUGGUGUACACCGACCCCGCCGGUCUGAGGACGUACCUGGCCGCUCAGGUGUCAGAACAGAGCCCUUUGGGAGAAGCGGGGCUUCCUCCUCACCUGGGCGUGGCUCCUGUGUUUCCAGGCGGAGACCCAACUAGCACCCUCAGUGUACUUCCUGCUCCAGAUCCCACCCCUGUGCCUGAGAACCAAUCGCAGGGAGUGGAUCCUCCAGGUUCCGCCCCAUUUGUUAGUCCUCAGAUCACAUGGGGUUCGGAGGAUGAGGAAGUGUGGAGGCGACUGUCAUUCCGUUACUGGCCCUCACUCUUUGGCUACUAUAACAUCACACUGGCUAAGAGGUAUAUCAGCAUCCUGCCCGUCAUCCCUGUCACUCUGCACCUGACCCCUCAGGAAGCCAUCGAGAUGCGACACCCUCAGGAUACCCAGCAUGCGCCACGGGUCAGCGCCAGAACCUCGCAGCUCCAAACCGACCUCACGCUGUACAAGGUUGCUGCACUGGGCCUCUUUGCCGGGGUUCUCCUUGUUCUUCUGCUCUUCUGUCUCUAUCGUGUUCUCUGUCCUCGCAACUACGGACAGAAUGGAGUCCAACAUGGCCGCCGUCGCCGUGGAGACCUGCCCUGUGAUGAGUACGGCUACUCGCCGCCUGUCAGCGAGAUUUCACCACUGCUGCUGAGAGGCCAUAGCAUGGAUAUCGAGUGUUUAGCGAGUGAUGGUAUGCUGCUGGCCAGCUGCUGUUUAGCCGGACAGAUUCGUGUUUGGGAUGCACAGACUGGGGACUGUCUCACUGUCAUACCUAAUAACGGUUUGAGGAGGAGUAGCAGUAGUGGAUGUUGGGAUCAGCGUGAUGGUUGGGAUCACUACGACCCCGACUCCUCCCCCAGGGCGGAGUCUUGCACCAUGUCCACACCCGUUAGCGAGUACGCAGUGCGUCGUCGGCCCACUCGCCCCGCCCUGUUUGUGGACCAGCCGGACCUCACGGCACUAAUAGACACCAACUUCAGCGAGCUGCCUCUGUCUCACACACCCUCAGACUACGGCUUCAACUUCGGUGGCCUGGUGGAGAAAGCGUAUAAAGAGCACGAGGUGACGCCGCCUCCGGCAACAAUGCCCACACCGCUUCCCCCGACUCCUCCCACUCCACCAGCCCCUCCCAUCGAGAGGCUGAGCAUGCCGUCAGGAGACUGGGAGAGUUCAGUGUGGUCCAUGGAGCUCCGGGGAAACCUGAUCGCUGCAGGGAGAAGCAACGGCAAACUGGAGUUGUGGGAUGCUGUGGAGGGACUGCUGCGAUGCUGCAAUGAAGACGGAUCCUCAGGAAUCACCGCCUUGGCUUUCCUUAACAAUAGGAUCGUUGCAGCUCGGCUGAACGGUUCUCUAGAUUUUUUCACCGUGGACAUCAACAAACCGCUACUGCAGCACCGAGGGCCCCCGGGUCGUAGCAGUCUGCCACCGUCACCUUGUUACAGCAGCGAGGAUGCGAUCAGCUGCCAGCUCACACGCUCGGUUCAGUGCGCUCACCAGAAACCCAUCACUGUGCUCAAAGCUGCAGCGGGUCGAGUCGUCACCGGCAGCCAGGACCACACAGUCAGAGUUUAUCGUCUGGAGGAUUCCUGCUGCCUCUUCACCCUUCAGGGUCACUCAGGUGGCAUCACUGCCAUUUACAUAGACCAGACGAUGGUUCUGGCCAGCGGGGGGCAGGACGGUGCCAUCUGCUUAUGGGAUGUCCUCACAGGAAGUCGUGUGAGCCAUGUUUAUGGUCACCGUGGUGAUGUAACAUCGCUAGUCUGCACUACUUCCUGUGUAAUCAGCAGCGGGUUGGAUGAUCUCAUCUGCAUCUGGGACCGGAGCACUGGCAUCAAGCUCUACUCCAUACAGCAGGAAGUGGGCUGCGGCGCCAGCCUGGCUGUGAUUUCUGAGAGUUUAUUAGUGACCGGAGGUAACGGCUGUGUGUCGUUCUGGGACCUGAACUACGGGGACCUGCUGCAGACGGUGUAUCUGGGUCAGAACAGCGAGGGGCAGCACGUACGGCAGCUCCUUGUGCUGGAAAACGCCGCCAUCGUGUGCGACUUCGGCAGCGAGCUCAGCCUCGUCUACGUGCCCUCUGUACUGGAGAAACUGGACUAAACACACAGACGUUUAGAAGUGUGUGUGUGUGAUGGACCAUCGUCUCUGCUUGGCCUGGACAGACACGCUGGGUUUAUUUCUUCUCGCCUCAAAUUUUUUACUUCCUGUUUCUUUCAGGAAUUGAUGGUUUGGACAGAAAGCGUGCGCGUGUGUGUGUGUGUGUUGGUGAGCGAGACUCUGGGGAUUUUUAAAAAUAAUAUGCCGGUAUUGUGAAAGAAUUGGGAAUGAAAUCAGUGUGAAUUCCUGCUGGUUUUUUUUUUUUUCUUCUAAUGGAAGACUGGACUUUAAGAGCUUUUUAUAUUUUUGCUAGAAAAAGACUCAAAAAAUCAAAUCAGUGUAUUUUUACUUGAGCGGCGAACAGGAUGCUGAACAUCGCUGCCUGAAGAGAGUGGGGGGGAUGUAGAAGUUUACACGGAGAAUAACUCCUGGUGUGUGUGUGUGAGAGAGAGAGAGAGAGAGAGAGAGAGAGAGAGAAUUAUUCAUAAAGCUUACUGUAAUCAGAUGAACCUGUAAUGGAGGUGUAUUGAGGGAGACGUGUCACUUUUUAAUAUUUAAAAAAAAAAAAAAAAAAAAAUCAAUUAUUUAUUAGUGAUAAAUUCUAACCGUUUGUAUGAAACUGCUAAACUCAUAUUAUUAUCAGAUCUUUAAUGUAUAAAAAGCACUGACUAAUUUAAGCUUUAAUUAUAUCAUAGUUUUCAUUUGGACAGCGAGGGUCUGCUUUCUUUCAUCGUAAAAGUGAGAUUUUUUUUUUUUAAUAUUUUUGUGCUCUAGUUGGUUGGAUGGGAGGAAAACGAGUCCUACUACCGAACUUGUACGUUACGGGCGGAGAUAAACCUCAGGCUUCAACAUGCGUUAGGAAUCAGAACCGUAUACGUCAACAAGCCGAUAUUUUUGACAAUAGCGCUGAAUCUGCUUCGAUAUGACGCAGUACGAUUCGAUUUAGUAGCUUCUGGGUGACGUGACCGACUUUAGAGCUCGUUCACAAACAAUGGUGAUGUAGAGAAGGACUGUUUUUUUUUUCUCCACCCCAGUGGUUUGUUCUUUUUCUGAUAAUCAGUUUGUAUUGAUUCAUUUCAGUUGACUCCUUGAUCCGAAUCAUCUAAACACUUCCUGUGACCUGAAACAGGAUUUAUCAGCCUCAGCGUGUUUUACGGUUUCUUUAGUUUUGUCUAAAAUAAACCGACUUUAUCUCAGGAGAGAAAGAAUAGUCUCCUGUCUGCAAUACGUCAUUUAACCGAUUCAGUUCACAAUCAUGCGUUAGAACCAGGGCUUUGAACCGGAAUUUUUUUUCCUAUUGGUUCGUUCCGAACAGAAACGGAAUUUUAACGUUUCCGGUUUUGGGUUCCACCAUUAAAUAGACGUUCCCGAACCGGUUAGAACAAAAAAAUUUCGUUCCCGGAACGGUUAAUUACGUUCCCUGUCAGCUGUUUAGCAAAUGGCUAUAAAAUUAUGUCUCUGUCUCAUCCAGCUUAAGCCAAAUGUAGGCUAAUUCUAUUACAACCUUCAUUAAAUAAGACAAGAAAUAAUUCAAAACAAUUAUUAUUUCAAAUGUUGGCGAUUUGGAUUCUCAGUACGUCUUCCCAUCUACACAAACAGAAAAAGUGCCAAAAAUGAAAGAGAAUUCGUUUAGUGUGUUACCAAAGGCUAGUCAGGCCCUAUAGAGGGCUACCGCAUGACGUCACCGCGCCGCGAGAUUUUGUUAGGCGCCAUAUUGGAAGUACACAUCUAUGCAAGUACAUACAUUCAUAACAAACUACAGCUGAAAUGUAGCCAGGGCCGGUUCUGCCCUAAUCUGGACCCGGGUGCAACAUCGCGCAACCCCCCCCCCCAAAAAAAAACCCACCAGUCUAAAUCAGGACAACCAUCACAUAACUAUAAACAUUUUAUAUCAACUAUUUUAACUAAAUGGGCUAUAAUAAAUAAGCCUGCAGGCAGCCACGGCGGGCUGCCUCAGAAAAGGAACCAUUUGUCCUACCUUAAAACUCGUUUUGCAUUUUCUGCCUCCUUUUUUGUAUUUUCGACCCUCCGUUUAUUUUCUUUCCUUUUCUGAAAACCCGAUUUGUGUCCAGACAUUUUGUUCUGCUACCAACGAACUAACUCGUCAGGUCUCGUCUCUCGAGCCCGCGAUGAUUCCCGUGGGAGGGGCAACAACUGAUACAUUUUUACUAACAGCCAAUAGGGAGGUUGCAACGUUCAGGCUCUUCUUUGCUCAGACACUCAGUAAUGCACUUCUCACUAGCAGUCCACCCUCCCGCUCUCUCCAUUCAGUCAGCGAACGUCACACAGGAAGUGAACCCCAGCGGGUCAUAGAAACUUGCGCAGGAGAAGAAUGACUUUUUUAUUUGUAGGCUACAGAAACUUUGAGGAACGAAAUAAAAACCGGUAUUAACCGGUUACCAUUAUUUUUAAUAAGCGUUUCUGUUCCGGAACAUAAAAAAUAAUAAAGUUUCUGGUUUCGUUUCUGUUCCAUGUGAAAUAGAAAAAGUUCCCGGUUUUCGUUCCUUGAACCGGUUCAAAGCCCUGGUUAGAACCCUGCCGUGAACAUGCUGAAAAUGAUUCCUCUGUCUUCAUGUUUUGAAGAGCUUUAUUCGUUGUAGAAAUGCAAAGUCUUCGGGUUGUGCUGAUAAUCAGUUACACAAUUCUUCAUGGAUAUAUUUACAGGAGGAUCAAAUCCAACCGUCUCACCACAGCCUGGGUUUAAAGAUAAAGUGCCGUCCUGUCAUACACCACGAGAACUUGGACCAGCUUCGACUCAUAUAAUAAUAAUGCUGAUAAAUAUUUUAUUUUAGAUGCACACGCUCGUUUAUUGUGUCCUGUUCAUCCUUUUUGCUUCACUCUGUGGUCACAGAUGUGCAUUUCUGCUUCCCAGGACAUGAGGGAGGACAGGAACACGGGUGAGACCAGUGACCGGUAAAGGAGUAACCCGUUGACACGAUGCUCUGCUGAUUUGAGGUUUAAAGUUAAACCGUAUCUGAGCUUGUAGUCUGAAUAACGGCACUGUUUGACAAAAAUAGAUGACGGUUUUGCAUCUAGUCGUGCUUUCGAGCCUCUGAUAUCUGAUCUAAUUCAUUAGCAAGCUCAUUUGUAUGAGCUUAACCCCCCCCCCCAAACAUCUACUCCUAAAGAUUAGAAAAUGCUUCGUGUAAUCGAUGCUUUUUGUAGACGAGUAUUUUUAAAGCCUUCUUUCAAAUUUUGAUGUUUAGAAUUACAAGUCAUUUUAACCGUUGCUGGAUUUCUAGUUAAACCUAAUAUGCACUGCACUCACACACCGAGUAGAAACGCACAAAACAGCACAGAUAUGCUAAAUUAUUAGCAAUAUGAAUGUAAAUACUAAGGUAUGUUGCUGCAUGGAUAGAUUUAGAGGGGUGCGCGUGCACAUUUAGUUUCCAAAACUGUGUAGUUUGUUGGUAGGAAUGUGAAUCCUGUUUUUAUCCAUCUUUCAUUUUGUGUGUGUUUUUAGAUGAGUUGAGAAUGAUGGGAGCUCAGAUACUGGGGUUAUUAGAGGAGGAGAUGAUGAUGAUGUCUAAAGCUAUGAGAGACAGUGUGUGUGUGUGUGUGUGUGUGUGUGUGUGUGUACCAUUAAGCAGGGUUUGGCCGCUUUCAUACUUGAUGUCGUUGUACUUUUUUCAAUUUUGGAAACUAUGACCAUAAAUAAAUAAAAUACGUAUUUCCCCCCAAAA